GUGUUGUUUUUGUUUUCAAGUUGAAAGGCGGUACGCGGACACUCUCGGAGCAUUUUUUUUAUUCAAAUAAAAUGUUUUCGCGAACUUGAACUGAUUUACGAAACGUUUGUGACCAUAGUUAAUGUGUUAUUGCCGAUGCCGUCAUAGAGGCAGGGGAAAAGAAGAUAAGCAACAACACCUCGAGAUAAGCACACACAAAUAACCGUUAAACGGUGGAAGAGACGCAAAAAAGAAAAAAAUAGUAUACAAAGCAACAGCAUAAACCAAAAGCAAACAAAUACAAAUUAUAAACUUAAAUAAAUACAACUGCAUAUUGCAACAACAAAAACGGCUUUUCUACAGCAACGUCGUCUCUUCGGUGGUGGUGGUGGGGGAGGUGGAGCAGGCGCGGGCUCUGCUGCUGCUGGUAGCAGUAAUGUGGCUAUGAAACAUCAGCCGCCUCCACCGCCAUUGCCACAAACCCCGCCACCAUCACUUGCCACCGCCAUUGCCAACAACAAGGGGGUAGCAAUGGCAGGGGGAAUGGGUAUGGUGGCCAAUGCCAUUAGCUGCCUCAACAAUACCAACAACAACAAUAACAACAACAGCAGCAGCAGCAACAACUGCAAUAGCAAUAUUGGCGGCGUUGGAAUUGCAGGAGGAGCCGGAAGUAUUUCUGGUGCUGCUGGUGAGACAUCAAAAUGUCGACCAGUUUUAUAUCCAAAACCCAAGACGCCAUCAUUCGACAAGGAUCGGGAUUAUAUUGGCUUUGCCACAUUGCCAGAGCAAGUGCAUCGCAAGUCCGUGAAACGUGGCUUCGAAUUCACUCUCAUGGUGGUCGGCGAAUCGGGCCUGGGCAAAUCCACUUUAAUCAACAGUCUCUUUCUCGGUGAUCUCUACAAGAAUCGGCAAAUGCCCAAUGUCGAAGAGCGACUGGAGAAGACCACCAAGGUGGAGAAGAAGACCAUGGACAUUGAGGAGCGGGGCGUACGCCUGCGACUGACAGUUGUCGAUACGCCUGGAUUCGGGGAUGCCAUCAAUUGUGAGGACAGUUGGCGUGUAUGCACUCAAUAUAUUGAUGAGCAGUUUCGUCAAUAUUUCACCGAUGAGAGUGGACUAAAUCGUCGCAAUAUACAGGAUAAUCGAGUCCAUUGUUGUCUAUACUUUGUACCACCCUGGGGACACAGUUUGCGACAAAUGGAUUUGGAUCUGAUUAGACGUUUGCAUCGUAAGGUGAACAUUGUACUUGUAAUUGGCAAAGCCGACUGUCUCAAUAAGCAGGAGGUGCGCAAGCUAAAGGAACGUAUACUUCAGGAUCUGGAGGACAAUCAUAUACAAUUGUAUCAAUUUCCCGAAUGCGAUUCAGACGAGGAUGAGGACUUUAAGCAACAGGAUCGUGAACUAAAGGCAUCCAUACCGUUUGCUGUUGUCGGUAGCAAUACCAUAUUAGAGGUGGCUGGCAAGAAGGUGCGUGGCCGGCAAUAUCCUUGGGGUGUGGUCAAUGUGGAGGAUCCCGAGCAUAGCGAUUUUAUUAAAUUGCGCACAUUCUUGAUAUCCACACACAUGCAGGAUCUAAAGGAUACAACACAGGAUGUGCACUAUGAAAACUUUCGGGCCCAGUGCAUUUCACAGAUUUCACAGCAUGCGCUGCGUGAGCGUGGUAAAUUGAAGCGUGAUUCAAUUAGCUCAACAAAUGGAUUUGAUGCGGCUAUAUCGGAAACGGAUCGCCUGCUGCUCCAAAAGGAUGAGGAAAUAAGACGCAUGCAGGACAUGCUUACGCAAAUGCAGGAGAAGCUCAAGCAGACGCAUCUCAUGGAGAUGAAGAAAAAUGAUAGCGUGAUUGAUGUGUAGAACCAGGGCAACUGAAAAUGCCAUUAAUGUAGACUUGCGCAUUCAAAUUUGCACCUAAAAUAUAUAUAUAAAAAUAUAUAUAUACGUUUAAAGAAAUAGACACAAAGUCACAUACACACAGACACAGACACACA